AUGCGCAAACUCAUUCUCACUCCUGCGCCCGAUUUCAAGCAAGUCUGGUCGGACGCGGGCACGGGCGCGUCGCCGCACGACCUGCAGCUGUUUGAGCCCGUCUGCGCACCCGGCACCUUCUCGCUCGGCGUCGUCGGCGUCCGCAAUGGAAAGAGCGUGUUUACGCUGAAUGCCUCUGAAGACGCGUCUGAAGGCGACGCCGUCCCGCUCCUCGCCCCAGCCAUCCAGUUCGUCGAGCUGUGGAACGACAAGGGCACAGGCGCCAAGUUUGGCUCGCUGAAUGUUUGGCGACCCAUUCCUCCGCCAGAUUAUGUGGCGCUCGGACUGGUCGUCACCACCGACCGAAAGGCUCCGCCCGCAAACAUCUCCUUCCGAUGCGUGCACAAGUCGUGUGUGACGGAUGGUGAUAUUCUCUUUGAGAGUGACGGCAGCUUCCUCUGGUGCGACCGUUGCACAGGCGCAAAAGCCAACAUGUGCCUGUGGAACAUUGCCGCCACUUCGUGCGCCGGAUUUGCCCCGCCUGUGCUGAUCUUCUCCACCCUGUAUGCUCGCCCGAAGGAAGUCGUGCAGGUCUUGCGCACCGACAGUAUCACCAUUCUUGGUGACAUUCCUGCAAAGUACGCGCCCGUUCAGGAGCCCGUGCUGGCUCUCGAUGGCGAGAAGCGUGCCAUCCAGCAGCAGCUCUCCUCGUCGUCGUCCCGGUCCUCCAACUCCGCCGCGGCUCUGUCGGACGCACCUCCCAGCUACGCGGACGCCGUCGGCCCUCUGGAGGUGCCCACCCCUGCCGCUCCAUCGUAUGCGAUGCCGUCUCAGCAAGCCCUCACUUCUGCACCCAGUGCACUGGCGCCGUACACGUACUCGGUGCCUUUCAACAUCAGUCCCGAGCAGCAAGGUGCCAUUUUCCGCAAGUGGAAGGACGGACUCUGGUUUACCUCCUCGGCCUACCACUCGAGCAAGCAUGUCCCGCUUUUCCAGGUGAGCUACGUUCCCUACUACCUGAUUUCCGCUCGCAUCGAGACGCGAUACACUGGUCAAGUCCGCAUCGAAAUGAUGCCCGAUACGACUGUCACGCAUCGCGACUCUUUCUCCACGACCCACACGCAUCAUGGCCGCUACUCGCAGUCCCAUGACAAAGUGACUGUUUCGCAGACCUACCGCUCCGUCUGGCGUCUCGUCGGACCCGGCUCGACCUUCACGUCGUUUGUCGACGAGGCUGUCCCCGCUGCCGCGUCUCCGCGCAUUCGCAAGCUGUUGGGCAACCUCGGCUCGUUCAGCAUCGAUCCCGCCACUCUCGGCAUCAUUGUGGGCCCCGGCCAAACGGUGCCCGGACCAGACGGCACUCCUCUCGAGUGCCCCGUGGCCUUCGAGCAACUCUGGACGGACACGUGCACCCACAUGAUUGAGUCGGCGAGCGAACAGUGCCGCCGUGAGGUUCAAUCGUCGCAAGGUGCUGCCGAAACCAAGAUUGCCAUUACCGCGCUUGUCCACGAGCCUCAUUACCGCCUCGUCUACCUCCCAGUGUACCAAGGUGACUUUGAGGUGGAAGGCACCGCUCACAAGAUUCUCAUCCACGGUCAGACUGGAAAGUGCACUGGUGAGCGCACCUAUGGCCUUGGCGCGCUUGGCGCAUCAAUGAGCACCAUCGGUCGAAGCCUCAGCGGCUCCGCUGCCUCCGACGGCGUUGGAGGCAUUAUCUCUGGCGCGCAGCUCAACCAGCAGGAUAAUACGAACUCGUUUUCUCCUGAGGCGCACUUCCUCAUCCUCCCGCCGUCCGCUUGGGCCAGCAUGGGCUGGUUUACGCUCGUUUCGCACAGCUCGCAGGACAUUGAGCUUCUGGGUCAGCGACGCGACAAGAAGUGGGGCAUGUUCUUGUUCAAGCUCCGUCCCGGCAAGAAAGUGUCUGUCAACUACAAGGGCCACGUCGUUGUCAGGAUCAUGUCUGGCAACAAAGACGAGCUUGCCAUUGAAGCAUGGGGCGCCUCUGGCGGCACGGGCACCAACCUCCUUGGUCUCGAAUAA